AUGGAGCAAAACAGGAAGAAAGUGGAAGAGGGAGAGUCCAGCGUUCGGUAUAGAGGAGUUAGAAGGCGGCCUUGGGGAAAAUACGCGGCUGAGAUUCGGGACUCGACGAGGCAUGGAGCUAGGUUGUGGCUGGGGACUUUUGAGACUGCAGAGGAGGCAGCUCGAGCUUAUGACAGAGCUGCUUUUUCAAUGAGGGGUUCGUCGGCUAUUCUCAACUUCCCAGACGAACAUAUUAUUUCACUCACAACUGCUAAUUCUGCUCCUCCUCCUCCUCCUCCUCUCCCUUGUUCUUCUUCUUCUUCUGCAACAAUGGCUGCUUCUUCUUCUUCAUUCUUCGAAAAUGUGGAAAGUAAGAAGGACCAUGAAAAACAAGUUCUGGAAUUGGAGUAUUUGGAUGACAAAUUGUUAGAGGAACUUCUUGAUGUUGAGAAUAAAACCAAGAAAGAAUGA